ACCUUGUGACCGUAAUCUGCGAGAUGUUGAAUUGAUAUCCUGUCGUCUGCGUCGCGUGGAGCCGCUGUGUCGCCUUCCUGGCUCAGCAUUGCAGCAAUUGGCCAUGUGCGGUUUUUAUGAAGAUCUUGAAAAAGGCGUUACACUUUUUCGUGCCGGUGAACAAGGUCGUUUUUGGUAUGCUGUUUUAGGUGGCUCUUUAGAGGUUCGCUAUCAUGCCACCGAUGCUGACGGAAAGUCACCAGUAACUUUGUGUAAUUUGGGUGUUGGAGCAACUUUUGGGGAAUCAAUAUUACACGAUUUGCCACGUGAUAGUACUGUGGUAACAAAGACAACCUGUGAGCUGUUACGUGUGGAACAACAGGAUUUUCGCUUAAUUUGGGAGGCCCCUAAAAAUCAUUAUAAUUGCAAUUUUGAAACACAUUGUCCUCAAGGCUGUAUGAAAAACAAGGAAUUAAUGAAUGAUAUUAUCACCAGUUGUAAAUUGAAAAAUGGUUUUGGUCCUGCUGUUCAACAACAACAACAAACAAAUUCAUCACCCACAAAACGACCAUUAAGUCCUGAUCAUCCAAAUCCGGCACUACCAAUAACAGAGUCUCCUAGUCCUGCUAUGAAUCGUAUGGGAUGGGCUUUACGAACAUUAUUGGUUGCUGACAGUUCAAGUUGUUUAAAGGAUAGAAAAGUUUCUGGCAAACUUAUACGUAAGUGUGCUCCUGGUACUGAAUUGGUAGAUUGGUUGGUGAAUUUAUCGCCCAUUGUUCAUACAAGAGCCCAAGCGGCUGGCAUGUGGCAAGCUUUACUGGAGGAAGGCAUAUUAUCACAUG